AUGUCCACUGAGAAAGAAAACCUUUGGAACGAAAAUGUCAAAGCAGCUGAAAUUGUUCAGGUCUCCGAGACUUCCGAGUUAAGUUCGGCAUCGCCUCAUGCCGUAAAUGCCGCCGAAGAAGGCGUUUUACACAAUGAUAGAACAAGGUUGAAGCAAGGGUUGAAAGAGCGUCACAUUAGAAUGUUAACGCUUGUAGGUGUCUUUGGAACGGGUUUGUUUCUCUCGUCAGGAGGGACGCUAAAAAAGGCUGGACCUGCCGGUAUGUUCUUGGCUUACGUUGUGGUUGGAAUUGUGGUGGGUUGCAACCAAAUUGCAAUUGCCGAGGUUGCUUCGUUUAUGCCGGCUACUGGAGCCACCAUCAGACACGCAGAACAGUUCAUUGACGAGUCAGUGGGCUUUACCUUUGGAUGGAUAUCCACGUAUUCAUCUUUGAUGCCUGGUGAGCUCUCUGCUACAGCGGUUGUGAUGCGCUUUUGGACUGAUAUCAACCCGGCAGUUUGGAUCUCGAUAUUUGGAGUUUUAUUUGUCCUUACCAACAUAUACACCAUCAGAUUCUACGGCGAGGUUGAAUAUGUCUUUGGUUGGAUGAAGGUUUGUUUGAUUGUAAUUUUGAUUGUCACGGGACUAGUCAUAGAUCUUGGCGGUACGGAGCAAGAAAGGCUAGGAUUUCGUUACUGGAGGGACCCAGGGCCCUUUGCAGAAUACAUUGUUGAGGGAAACAUUGGAAAAUUUGUGGGUUUCUGGUCAGCCCUCUCGUCCGUCGUAUACUCGUACUCUGGUAUUCAAAACAUUGCUAUUCUAGCUGGUGAAACCAAAAACAGCAGACAUGCAAUUUUUCAUGGAGCGAGGAACGUCUUUGUGCGUAUCAUCGUCCUUUACCUUGUAGCUGUUCUCAUUUUGACUUUGAUUGUACCAUACAACGAUGAGUUAAUUGCAACUGGUACUGGUACUGCCAAAUCGAGCCCAUUUGUUAUCGCUAUUCAACGAGCCAACAUCAAGGUUUUGCCCCACAUCAUCAAUGCUAUAAUUCUAACUUCGGCCUGGUCCGCAGGAAACUUGGCCAUUGUCGAGGGAUCUAGAAAUCUUUUUGCUCUAGCAUCAAAAAACCAAGCUCCAAAAAUAUUUCUCACCACAAACAAGAGAGGCAUUCCUUAUGUUGGAAUUGCCUUUAUUUCUGCAUUCCUUCCGUUGUCAUAUAUGUCUGUUUCGAGCUCCUCCGCGAAUGUGUUCAGUUGGUUUCAAGAGCUUGUGUCGUCAAACACACUUUUACGCUGGAUUUUGAUAUCUGCGAACCACAUUCACAUGGACAGAGCCCUAAAGGCACAAGGUUACAGUCGGUCAGAUUUGCCAUACUCUACUAGACUUGCACCAUUUGCAGCGUGGUUUUCUGGCAUCAUGUCCUUAUUAUUUCUAUUGACAGGAGGAUUUUACAACUUCAUUCAUGGUCAUUUUAACAUUGAAUCAUUCUUCACCAGAUACUUUAUUAUCCCACUCGCAAUCGGUCUCUUUACAUUUUGGAAACUGUUCAAAAAGACCAGGUAUCUUCGCCCAACAGAAGUCGACCUGGAAUCGAUUUUUGAAGAUAUUCGCCAAAAUCCCGAGACCAUUUCUACCGCGUCCAGAUCUUGGUGGAAAAAAAUUGUUUGA